CUGUCACUCCGGUGACGUCACGGCGGGAUGAGCGGGCGGGCGGAGGUUAAAGUGAAAAUACCUUUUGGAAACAAAUACCUUGAUGCUAUCUUCUCUGUCCCAGAGAAGAAACCAACAUAUGGAGUGAUUCUUACUCAUGGAGCUGGAGGAGACAUGAAUUUCCCUCACUUGGUGUCCUUGGCAGCCUAUCUUGCAUCCCAUGGAGUUCUGUGCCUGCGGUUUACUUGUAAAGGCCUUAAUGUUGCCUACAGGGCUAAGGCUUUCAAAGCAGUUGUGGAAUACUUAAAACUUUGUGAUGAUUAUAAACUUUCUGGUGUUUUCCUUGCAGGCCGUUCCAUGGGCUCACGAGCUGCUGCCUCUGUGAUACGUCAGCUGAGCCAGGGUGAUGAUGAUGAUGAUGAUGAUGGCUUCAUUCAAGGUCUCGUGUGUUUAUCUUACCCAUUGCAUCGACCAAAACUGCAGUCCAAGCUCCGGGAUGAGGAUUUGUUACUGAUCACACGUCCAGUGCUGUUUGUCUCGGGAUCAGCAGAUGAGAUGUGUGAAAAACAAUUGCUAGAAGGUGUGGUGAGCAAAAUGAAAGCCCCUAAAAAAAUCCAUUGGAUUGAUAAAGCAAACCAUGGGAUGGCAGUCAAAGGACGAACAGCAGAUGAUGUCAUGGAAGAAGUAAAUGCACAGGUUUUUUCUUGGCUUAGAGAGAAUGUUCAACUGCAGCAAAAAUAAUUUGCAGUGUUCAAGCAGUAUCUUCAUUUAGUUUUUCCUAAAUGUGGCAAAUACGGGGUUUGUUAUUUUUAGAGGCAUAUUUUUUUAAAAACUGAUGUUUUCAGAGGUCUAAGUGUAAAUGCAAAUAAAGCUUUGUAUGAAUGAAAAGAAAAUGCAAACUAAUAAAGAACUUCCAGAAGUACAGAAAA